AUGCGGCGCACUGCAGCCGCGGCGGCGGAGGACGCGGAGGACGCGGAGGCGGUGUGGCUCGCCGCACAGCGCGAGGCGUGUCGCAGCAGCGAGGGCGAGGACGAGGACGAGGAGUUGCUGCGGGGCGUGCCGUGCGCCAACGACGCCGUUCCCGCGGCCGGGGACAUCGCUGUGCAGCGGCAACAACGCCGGCCGCAGCCUGUGGCUCUUGUCGGGGACACCGCGUCUACGACGAACGAGGCGGCGGCGACGGUUUGUGGCCUCUGCGAGUACCCGCCGCUGUCGUUGGUGAGUUUUAUGAUGCGCGGCGACAACGGCGUGGUGCGUUGGCUAACCGCCUCCGGGCUGCCAACGCAGCGGGCCUCGCGGAAGCGCGAGAGGGAACCGGGCGAGGAGGAUGAAGAAAAGGAAGGGGAGGAGCAGGCAAGUGCCGCGCGGGAGCGGCGCAGGCGGCACGGCGGCUUGGGGUACGUGGACGUCCCCGCCCUCUUGCGCCGCCUCUACGACGCGGCGGCGGCGCCUCCGCCCGAGACGCCACCGGCCCUGCCGUCGCCGCCGCCUCAGCAGCAGCAGCAGCAGCAGCAGUCUGCGGCGCAGGAGGAGGCGCUGUGGGUCGUGAGGUACAGGCCCAAGCGGUUUCGCGAGCUGCUCAGCGACGACGGCGUCAACCUCAAGCUGCUGCAGUGGCUGAAGAGCUGGGACGCGUACAUCUUCCAGGACGCCGCCGCGAAAGGGGUCGCAGCGGCGCGGCCGGAGGAGCGUCUUGCGGUUUUGGUGGGCCCGCCGGGUGUUGGGAAGACGACGCUGGCGCACGUCCUCGCCGCCCACUGCGGGUACGAAACCAUCGAGAUUAACGCGAGCGUCGACCGCACCGCGUCGCGGUUGGAGAGCGCCAUACAACUUGCGGUGGCCCCGGCGCGUGGGAGACGCCGCGCCCCCUCCGCCUUUGCCGCCGCCGCCGCCGCCACCGCAACUGUGGACUCCGCGGCAAAGGCGGAAGGGGCGGGCGUGUCGCUUGUGGACCUGCUGCUUCGCCCCAAGUGCCUCAUCAUUGACGAGAUGGACGGCAUCGCCGCGAAUGUGGCGGCCUUCCUCCUGCAGCAGGACAUCCACUGCCCGGUGUUUUGCCUCUGCAAUGACUUUUACGUGCCCUCGCUGCGGUCCCUGCGGCGGCAGUGCCAGCACGUGUACUACCUUCCACCCAUCCGCCCGCAGCGGCUGCUGUCCCGGCUGGGCGAGAUUGCGGCGCGCGAGGGGCUGCCCGUGAGCCAGCCGGCUCUCGCCGAGUUGGCGCAGUCAAGCAACGGCGACGUUCGCUGCUGCCUGAAUACGCUGCAGUUUUUGUACCGCCACGCGUCGCGGGCGGGUGGGAGGGGGGAGGAGGCGCUUCAGUUGAUGCGCGAGAUGCAGGGGAAGGACUCCGCGUUGGGGCUCUGGGACACCUGGAGGCGCGUGUUUGAGAGGCAGGAGCGCGGCAAGUACGUCCACCUCCUCCGCAAGGAGUUCGCCAUGGACUGUGGGCCGACGUUGGCGGCGGACAGCCAUCACGGCACCGCGGCAGAGGCGGCGGAGCCUGCGGCGCCGGGGUUUCGCGUGGAUCCCGGGCACGUGUACGUGUCCCGCGUGGUGCAGCAGUGCCCGGACCCCCGGACGUUGCUGGAGGGGCUGCAGGAGUUUUACCUGCAGCGUGCCUACGCCGACUACUCGUUGGGCAAGACUCAAAGCAUGGCGGAGGCCUUUUGCUUCCAGGACGUCCUCACCACCCGCUCCUACCGCGACGCGGCCGCCGCCGCCCUGAUACCGUUCGCGGAGCAGUACGCCUGCACAACGGCCGCGACGUGCUUCAGCUGCUGCAGCUCCUCACGCCGCACGGGCGCCGGUCUGGGGUUCCCGCGCGAGUCCGCGGGGCUGAGCCGGCGCCUGGCGGAGUCCACGAACAUCGCUCGCACCUUCCGCGACGGCUGCCGCGGCGAGACGGCGGUCCACAUGUCCUCCGUCAACGUCGUUGCGCAGGAAACCGCCCCGCUGCUGCUGCAUGCCUUGCUGGAUGCCUCGCUGCGCGUGCCCGCCCACUCCGUCGCGUCCGUCGCCGCGCUGAGCCCGCGCGACCAGUCGCUGCUGCUGGCCGCCGUUUCCCGCCACGCGGAGUACGGCCUCAGCUACGCCCGCGCCGCGAAGGGCGGGCAUGCGGGCGGCGACGCCGAUGUCGCGCUGGAGGAGCGCUGGGAGCUGACGCCGCCCAUCCACCGCCUCGCGCCGGCCGCCGCGGCGAUGGUGCUGCGGGUGCGGGAGGAGCUGCGGCAGCUGAUGGUGGGGGAAAUACGGCGCUUCGUCAUCCAGCGCGGCGCGCCACGCCUGGCGAGGGCGGGGGCGAAGGGGACCGGCGAGAAGACGCGCGACUUGCAGGCGGCGGCGGCGGCGGCGGCGAAGCACCCGCCCACCGCGGCGCCGCCGGCGCCCCCCGCAGCUGCCACACCCGCAAAGCCCAAGCUAAGCGGGAAGCGGGACUUCUUUGGCCGCCUCGUUUCUGAGGGCGCGGCGAAGGCGGCGGCGACGUGCAUGGGGCCCGCGGCGGCGGCGGCGGCGAAGCUGACCGUGCAGUACACGUACCACGACGGCUGCACCAACGGCGUCCGCAUUCCUGCCGCCUUCUCAGACUUCUAG